CUUUGUAAUUGUAUGUACUGUUUAUACAUAUAUACUAUAUAUAUACAAAUUGUUCAUUUAUGUGCUGAUCAAGAAAAGUUACUAAAACAGAGCACUAUAUAAACGACGGUAACCAACUUCAAACUCCCACAAUUCUCCAUUGAAGAUGACAGAAGUGAAGCUUUAUGGAGCUUGGCCAAGCCCUUUCAGUUACAGAGUCAUUUGGGCUUUGGCACUCAAAGGUAUUCCCUACGAAUACGUUGAAGAAGAUCUCUCCAACAAAUCUUCUCUGCUUUUGCAAUACAAUCCUGUUCAUAAGAAGAUUCCAGUCUUCGUCCAUGCCGGAAAACCCAUCUGCGAAUCCAUGAUUAUCCUUCAGUAUAUCGACGAGACCUGGCCGGAGAAUCCCCUUUUGCCCUCCGACCCUAUUCAGAAAGCUGCAGCUCGGUUCUGGAUCAAAUUCGUAGAAGACAAGAGCUUGGUGAUGUGGGGAUUAUUUAUCGCGGAAGGGGAAGAAGAUAAGGAAAAGGCGAGAAAAGCAACCUUGGAAGUGUUGAAGACAGUGGAAGAACAGGCACUCGGCGAUAAGAAAUUCUUCGGCGGCCAUGAAAUUAACAUGGUGGAUUUGGCGUACGGGUUCCUUGCGCGGUGGCUGCCAGUGAUGGAAGAGUUGGUGGAUGUGAAAGUCCUUGAACCAAAUACAAACCCCCGGCUCUACGUUUGGGCAGAGAACUUCCGGCAAGCUGCUGUGAUCAGAGACAAUCUGCCGGAUCACGACGAGAUGGUGCCGCGGCUCAGGUCUCGGAGGGAGCAGCUGCUGGAAAUGGCGAAGAAAUCAUAAGUGCGAUUCCUGAUUUUGAUUUUGGGUGUUUGAGUUUAUCUUUGCUGGGUGUGUUUGUAUUUGUGAACACUCUUGCUUGAGUUCAUACAGAAUAAAAUGAAGCGAAGCCAUUUGGUCUACAAACUA